UUGCCCUGGUUUUUCUGCCCUGGCUCCUUGUUUUUUGGCCGGAUGGUAUUUUUAUCGUUAUCGUCACGGCCACACUGCCGGCGGGAACCACAACAAUGUCUGCUGCCAAUCUAAGCGCCAGCAUGUGCGACGUGGACGAGCAGGACUUAUCUUCAGCGCUGUUGAAUAACAACGUGAGCUUCAGCAGCACAAUGGUGACAAGCACAAGCGCGGAUCUGUCGUUCAGUUUAACCGAUGCGGAGAUAUGUAAACUAAAGACAAAGUGUGAUGCUGACUCCAGGCCAAGUGAGGACAUGGAUGUGUCCAUGAGCAUCGAUGCUCUCAGCGUCCGGGAGGCGAUCAGCAUUACAGAGCAGAGCAGCAAGCAGGAGGAGACCACGCUGGAGGAGCAGACCACGCUGGAUGAGGAGCCCACGCUGGAUGAGGAGCCCACGCUGGAUGAAUCAUCCACCCUAGAGGAGAGUGAAUCCAUCAUAAAUCUCGAAGACACCAUAGACGAUGCCGAACCUCACGCGAUUGUGCCGGAAAACAAUCAACUGGUGAUUGCUCCGCCAGAGUAUUUUAAAAGCAAACUCAUAGAGGUGGGACGGCGUUGCUGGAAAUCUUCAGCCGAGGCCCAGCAUUACACCAAAGGCUGCUAUUGGUCGCCCGAUGGAACCUGCCUGCUGGUCCCCAUCCAUUUGGAUGGAAUGCACGUCAUGGAACUGCCUCCGGACCUUUACACCGCCACAACAGUGCCGCAGGAGCGCGGCCUAACCAAUCUGGUGCCUGCAGUCCAUGUGCCCGAGGGUGGCACUGUCUAUGACUGCGUGUGGUAUCCGCAUAUGAAUAGCCAGCAACCAGAAACCUGCUUCUGGCUGGCCACACGGCAACACGAGCCCAUUCACAUGUGGGACGCCUUCGAUGGGAAGCUGCGGUGCAGUUACAGUGGCUAUGAUGCCGUGGACGAAGUUAUGGCCGCCAUAUCAUUGGCCUUCUCGCACGAUGGCCAGCAGAUCUAUGCGGGCUACAAGCGCUGCAUUAAAAUCUUCGACACAAGCCGACCUGGCCGCCUCUGUGACGAUUAUCCGGUGAAGUUUGCCAUCUCGUGCAUUGCGCAGACCACGGAGCACCCCAAUACGUUGACCUGCGGCAACUGGCAUGGCUACAUCCAGCACUUUGACCUGCGUUGCAGCCCCAAGCAGGGACCGCUCUUCACGUUGGGUGGCCACAAGGCUGGGAUUACCCAGCUAAAGUACGCUGACGGUGCUGCGGGCUGGCAGCUGUUUAGUGGCGCUCGAAAAUGCCAAAAGCUGCUGCAGUGGGACAUGAGGAACUACAAGAAGCCCUUGGGCGAGUACCAGCGCCAUGUGGACACCAAUCAGCGCAUCCAAUUCGAUCUGACGCCCGACCUGGGAUGGCUGGCCAGCGGAGACACGCAGGGUGCUCUGAACGUCUGGGAUAUGAACGGCAAUGGAGAAGUAUCUGCUCUGCCGCUCCACAAUGACUGCUGCAAUGGCGUUGGUUUCCAUCCGACGCUUCCCAUCCUGGCAUCUAGCUCGGGCCAAUAUCAUUUCAUUGGUCACGAUGGCCGUGUGAAUGACAGCGUUCUGGAUUGUACGGGCGUCGUGGAGCCAGAGCAGACGAAGGAGCAGCCACAGGAAGUGAUCUAUGAGAAUGCCGUCGUGAUGUGGUGGUGCGGCCGAAGUCUGUGAUUCGAAUCGUCAGGCGGCGAGCCCCAGGAAUGUUUUUAAUAAAUUUAACUUUAACAUAUAC